GCUGUAUACCGCUUACACGAAUGUGAAUAGAACUUUGUCCCUGAAGAACUGCUGUAUAAUGUCAAUUUAUUAAAAUUUAGUUUAUAACUGACAAUUUAGUUUAUUAUUAAAUAUGCACUCGCACGCGCUUCAGAAUAAGAGUGAAGAUAAAUUGAGUGUGGAAGAAAAAUGGAACAUAUACGAAAAACAGCACCAUGGACACGAAUCAAUGCAUGCAAAGAUGUUACUUGUUUUAUUAGUAACUGUAUUAGUGGUACAAAUUAUUAUAGUUGAAUGGAAAAAAAUACAUUACAAAUCCUACCAGCUUAUUACCUUAGUUGCCAUGUGGAUUAUUCCAUUUGGAUUAAGUUUAAAAAAUCGUUGGUGGAGGUUUAUAUUUCUUUGGUUAGUAUCAUCCUGUAUAACAGGAUUAGUAGUACGAAAGGCUGUUCAAAAACCUAUAGCAGGUACAACACCAAGAUUGGUGUACAAAUGGUUUCUUUUUAUUUAUAAACUAAGUUACGUGUUGGGUAUUAUAAGUUACAUUAUAUUGUUAGCUACAUUUUUUGGUUUAAAUCUUGUAUUUGAAGUGAAACCUCAAGUGUGGAUGGAUUGUGGUAUGCUUUUGUUGUUUUAUGGUCUUUAUUUCGGAGUAUUAGGGAGAGACGUCGCAGAGAUUUGUGCGGAUAAAAUGGCUUCACAUGUUGGGUAUUAUGUGCCAGGACAUAUGCCAACAAGGACCUUAGAGCCUGGUGUGUGUGCUGUAUGUGGAAACAGACUUUUAGUGUCAGAAAAUGAACCCGGUGUUAUUGAGAACACAUACAAGCUUAGUUGUGAACACGUGUUCCACGAAUUUUGUAUUAGAGGAUGGUGCAUCGUAGGAAAGCAGCAGACGUGUCCAUAUUGCAAAGAAAAAGUGGAUUUAAAGAAGAUGUUUUGCAAUCCAUGGGAACGACCUCACGUCUUGUACGGUCAGUUACUAGACUGGAUCAGGUGGUCGAUCGCCUGGCAACCGUUAAUUUUGUUUCUUGUUCAAGGUAUCAAUUGGGGCCUAGGCCUCGAGUAAGUAAUAGGGUAUUUGAAUUGCACUUACAUCACCAUUGUGUUUUCGUCAAACUAAUUUAUGUAAACAAACAAGUAUCUGUUUGUAUUUUUCUACGCAACAGUUGCUAUUACAUUUGUUAUUUAUAACAACGAAAUCCAGUCCAAUUUUAAUCAAACGCAAAAUUAGUGUUGCACCGUGUUGAAACAUUUUAUAUGAUCAGAACGAUCUUACGACUUACGAAGUGCUAUCCAUUCUGACUUAUGUAAUACUUAAUAAUAAUUCUUCCAAAGAAACAUUUUUUACUAUAUGUAUGAAGAUCUUCAUACUGUUACUGAUUUCAUAAAAAAAAAAAAAAAAUAAGUUUUUCAAACGACUAUGUGAUAUUGACUAUAAAUGUGUUCUAAUUUAAAUUCCUAUGCGGUUAUCCGAAUUAACUGAAAUUUAAAAAUAAGAAAAAGAGCAGUAUUAGCAGUAGCAGGAAAAGCAGUUCAGAAUAUUUUAUGGAACCUCAGAGGUACACUAUGAAUGCUUUGAGUUAUGAAAAAAAGAUUAAUUCGGAUAAUUUGUAUUGAAAUUAUUUAAUGUUCGGUUAUUCGAACUUCGGGUAGAGUCGGGGAGCGAGAGAGGGAAGGUCACGAAAGUAUCUUGCUAUGUAUAAAUGUUGGAGUUGACCAAAGUUGGAUUUCAUAAUUUCAAAAGUAAAAAAUCUCAAAACAUCAGAUAUCCAAAAUUAUAGUAUUUCGAAAUAAAAAAAUUUCAGAUUUCUUCAAUCCCAAAUAUCCAAAAUUUCAACUUUUGUACCCUCUUCGAAUUUUCCUUCUCUUUUUUCCAAUACUUUCUCUGUUCAGGUGAAUACAAAUGGAGAGCUUUCCAAAGGCACACGACUUGUAUUCUUUCUAAUUAACGCCUGCUUAGGGCCGACUUUCUGAACGAACCCAAACUCUUAGUCCGCUACCCGCAAAAAUAUCCUGAAUUGAUUGAGAAUGGUAGGAACGUAGCAUAUUUACCAUUUCUUUUAUCAUUCCGCUUCCUUGUUAAAGCUAGUCGAUUUAAGUUUGCAGUUCACUUAUCUUAAAAAAAAUUUACUGAUUCCCGUGCUCACCACUAUUACUGAUUUCUUAUUUAAACAAUAAGAUGCUCUGUCAUGUUUAAAGAGAGAUAUCUUGUUAAAUAAUAUCUUCAGAGAGGCAAAUAGAAGAUAUCCAAAGAAAAGGAAUUAUAUUCAGCAAUAGAACUGUAUUAUUUGUGAUUUCUGAAAGUAGUACCUUAUAUUUAUUUUCAUUCCGGAAAAGCAAUUAUAUUAUAGAUUUUAGUAGGGAGAUUAGGUUUAAAAGUAAUAUCGAAGCAGCAGAUCUUUCAAUUUUUUUGGGUGCAUUGUAAGGAGCGUUAAAUUUGUUCUAAUAGCAAAGCAUGAAAAAUUAGAAUGUAUUGUCACUACGUGACAGCAAAAUAGUGGCAUAACUGCGGAGGGGGCAGAGUAAAACUGACCCUGCAAAAAUAUUCUGCUACUGUAAAAUAAUGUACAAAAGGACUUGAAGGUUGGAUCGUUUAACGAUCAGAUUUUCAUAUCUUACAUUGUUUUAUAAUUCCUUUUGUCGAAGCAUUGUAAAUAUUGGAAAUUGUAAAAUUUCAGACACGAGAAACAUUGUUCCCUAAUAAAUGAUGUACAAAAAGAUACCAA